CUAUACGGUGUAGACCCGCAUCCGCAUCGGUAAAACGUCUUCUCGUCACCACCGAGAUUUUUUCUCUGCUCGGCUCUCUACUAAAUUUCUAGGGUUCCAACUGGUUUCUCCUGACAAAGGUGAGAUGGAUUUCGACGAGUAUGAGUAUUUGGAAAAGACGGUGGAGAAUCUGGACUCCCUGAAGAAGGAUUCCACUAACGGACGCAGCGCGGCGAGGUCCGAGGAUAAGGAUCGAAGUCGGAGCUCAAAGCACCGCGACGACGGCCAUCACCGAUCGAAACGGGCCAAGUCGGAGGGCGAAGGUGAUGGGCAGAGGGAUAGGGAGUCGUCGAGGCACGGGGCGAGUGAUCGGCAUCGGAGGGAGAGAGAGCCCAGGGAGGAGAGGAAUGGGAGGGAUAAUGAGAGGGACAGAAAGAGGGUUAGUGAGAGGGAGAGUGACCGGGCUCGGGAGGGUGACCGGGCUCGAGAGCGAGAACGGGAUCGGCCAAGACGCAGCAGUAGUCGUUCGGAGAGGCAUGUUGAUGAUGAGCGAGAUCGUCACAGUGAAAGGAGCAAGGAGACGGAGCAUUCGAGAAGCAAGGAGACGGAGCAUUCGAGAAGCAAGGAGACGGAGCAUUCGAGGGACUUUAGGGAAAGAGACCACCGGGAUCCCAGGCGUAGAGAAAAGAAAGAUGAAGGUGCUGAACCCGAGGCUGAUCCAGAGCGAGAUCAGCGAACUGUAUUUGCUUAUCAGAUUUGUUUGAAGGCAGAUGAAAGAGACGUAUAUGAGUUUUUCUCAAGGGCUGGAAAGGUACGUGAUGUUCGCCUCAUAAUGGAUCGCAAUUCAAGGCGUUCUAAGGGAGUAGGGUACAUUGAAUUUUAUGAUGCUAUGUCAGUUCCAAUGGCUAUUGCUCUCUCUGGUCAGCUGCUUCUUGGUCAACCUGUAAUGGUUAAACCAUCUGAGGCAGAGAAGAACUUGGUACAGUCAACUGCCACUUCGGCAGGAGCUGGUGGCCUUAGUGGACCUUUUUCUGGCGGGGCUAGAAAGUUGUAUGUGGGCAAUCUUCACUUCAAUAUGACAGAAGAUCAACUGCGACAGGUCUUUGAACCAUUUGGUGCUGUGGAACUAGUUCAGUUGCCUCUUGAUCCUGAAACUGGGCAUUGCAAAGGUUUUGGUUUUGUUCAAUUUACGCGUCUUGAAGAUGCAAAAGCUGCUCAGAGUCUUAAUGGACAGCUAGAGAUUGCUGGGAGGACCAUCAAGGUAUCAGCCAUGUCAGAUCAGGCCGGGGUGCAAGAUGUUGGCACAAAUGCUGGUGAUCUUGAUGAUGAUGAUGGUGGGGGUUUGUCUCUAAAUGCACGUUCUAGAGCUCUUCUGAUGCAGAAAUUGGAUCGUAGUGGCACGGCUACCAAUGUUUCCAGUGCUCUUGUUGCUCCCGUCAGUACUCCUCUCCUACCUGUGCCACCAGCAUCAGUUCUAGGCGCUCCUCCACUAAAUCCUCUGAUACAAUCGGCCAUACCUGGACUUGCAGGCUUACCAACUGCUGCAUUGGCUUUUGCUACAACCACUCAAACUGUUGAAAAUAUUGGGAUUCCCAGCGAAUGUUUGCUGCUGAAGAACAUGUUUGACCCUAAUGUGGAGACUGAUCCAGAUUUUGAUUUGGAUAUUAAAGAAGACGUGCAAGAAGAGUGCUCAAAGUUUGGUACGGUAAAGCACAUCUAUGUGGAAAAAAAUAGUGCUGGUUUUGUCUAUCUACGAUUUGAAAACACAAAUGCAGCCAUGAAUGCACAGCGUGCACUUCAUGGAAGGUGGUUUGCAGGAAAGAUGAUUACGGCCACUUUCAUGCUUCCGCAGAACUAUGAAGCAAAAUUUCCCAAUUGAUUGAUGUCAGAUAUCAUACCAUAUUUGAAAUUUGUGCCCUUUUCUCCCUCAACAGCUCUUUUUUGGUGAGAAAUUAUAUGGUAUGAUUCGUCCAACUCAUUCUUUAUCUGGUUUGCGUAGCUGCUGAGCUUUGAUUCUCCAGUCCUCUUCGGCGACGCUCUUCCACCCAAACGUGUUAGCCUUGAUAAAUAAAUACAAUGGAAAUGGGCUCAGCAAUGUCUCCUAUGUUGUACUUGUUAUUUAAGUUUUCUGGCAAUAUUUUUUUUUCUUUUUUGUUUUUUUUGUUAGAGGGGUGAAUAUGGGAAUAUUUCUAAGGUCAGCUUAGGGUACCCAAGCUCCUAGAGAUUCUGUAAGAACCCAUUGAACUGUUAGCGUGCAGUUUAUUUUCUUUUUACUUGAUAAUUAGUAUGUGGAAAGCUAAAAAGUAGGUUUGUUACUCAUUUCACUUAUUAUGUGGUGCAUAUUUCUCCAUUUUAUUUAA